CAAAAAUAGUCUUCUGAUAUAUCAGAAGAAAUGAGUUAAAAAGCAAUUUAUAAAUUUUUUUUCUCCCUCACACAAUUAUUCCAUGUAAAUUAAAAUAAUUUGUAAGGAUAUGAAUGAUCAAAAUUUACAAAUUUAAAUGAAAAUAAAUAAAUGGAGAAAAAAAAAAUCCAUACAGUAAAAGUUCAUUGAAACUGAUAUAUUGGUUCAGGAAGUCAACAUCAACCUUUGGAGAUUAAGGCUCCCUCAUUGCUUAUUGUUGAUAAUUAUUCUUAAAAAAAAUAUAUAAAAAAAAACACAAAGGUGGGAUCCAUUAAAAUCCAUCGAUGGCGUAUAUAAAGGAAGCAAUCCCAAUACAUUUGGAUGAAGAAGUAACAACACCUCUCUUAUGCUCUUCUGCUUACUCUCAAGAUUAUCUUCCUAAUUAUACUCUUCUUAAUUCUUCUUCUUCUUCAAUAAUGUCUUCUUGCGACCCAGAAAAUGGUUCACUUCAUAAUAAUACUAAUGGUAAUUCAAAUUCUAAUCAACAAGUUGUCGUCCCUCAAACUGCCCAUCAGAUUAGUACUGAUUCAUGGCUGCAAGCUGGGUUUGUAUUGACGACUGGGAUAAACAGUGCAUAUGUACUGGGAUAUUCAGGAGCAAUAAUGCUUCCACUUGGUUGGAUACCUGGAAUUCUUGGUUUACUUGCAGCAACUGCUAUUUCUCUUUUUGCAAAUGCCCUUGUUGCCAAACUUCAUGAACUUGGAGGAAGAAGACAUAUUAGAUACAGAGAUCUUGCAGGAUAUGUUUAUGGACCUAGAGCAUAUUCACUAACAUGGGCUUUGCAGUAUAUCAAUCUUUUCAUGAUCAACACUGGAUUCAUUAUCUUGGCUGGUUCUUCUAUUAAGGCUGCAUAUUCGCUGUUCUCUGAUGCUGGCGCGUUGAAGCUUCCAUAUUGCAUAAUCAUUUCGGGUUUUGUAUGUGGAAUUUUCGCCAUAGGGAUCCCUCAUUUGUCUGCUUUGCGAAUAUGGCUCGGAGUUUCAACGUUCUUCGGUCUGAUUUACAUUGUUAUAGCUAUUGCUCUUUCACUCAAAGAUGGAAUCAAUUCCCCUCCAAGAGACUACAGUACACCAAAUGAAAGAGGCAAAAUCUUCACAACUAUUGGAGCUGCUGCGAAUCUAGUUUUCGCGUUCAACACAGGAAUGCUUCCCGAAAUUCAGGCAACAGUCAGAAAACCUGUAGUUGAGAACAUGAUGAAAGCCCUGUACUUUCAAUUCACAAUCGGAGUAGUACCGAUGUAUGCCAUCGUUUUUAUCGGUUAUUGGGCAUACGGGAGAAAUACCGAUGCAUAUUUGCUAAACAAUGUUCACGGUCCUGUUUGGUUAAAGGCCUUAGCCAAUAUUUCUGCAUUCCUUCAAACUGUCAUUGCUUUACAUAUCUUUGCAAGUCCAAUGUACGAGUACUUAGACACAAGAUUCGGGAUCACAGGAAGUGCAUUAAAACCAAAAAACUUGGGAUUUCGAAUACUAAUAAGGGGAGGUUACCUAACACUCAACACAUUUGUGUCAGCACUUUUGCCUUUCCUAGGAGAUUUCAUGAGCCUAACGGGUGCUAUAAGUACAUUUCCGCUCACAUUUAUCCUAGCGAAUCACAUGUAUUACAGGGCGAAGAAGAACAAGCUAAGCAUCGCGAUGAAAAUAUGGCUAUGGAUUAAUAUCAUUUUCUUUUCAUGUAUGGCUUUAGCAGCUUUCAUUGCUGCUUUGAGACUAAUUGCUGUUGAUUCUAAACAUUACCAUCUCUUUGCUGAUCUAUGAAGGAUUAAAAAUGGGGAUUUACUUUAUAGAAAUAUAAAGUUUAUGAUUAAUUAGGGUGAGUUAAAGAGUGUAGUGUAUUAGUCCCAAUUGGGUUGUAAUGUCCUUUGGGAUUUUCUAUUUCUUCAUAGUGUAGUAUUGCAAUGCAUAUAUUGUAUUGGAGAGAAGGAUUAGGUAAUGAAAUUACAUUGUAUGAUUUUUCGUUGCUUCAUUUUUAGUGUGCUAUACCUAUGCACAGCGGUGGAGCAAAGCUUAUGGAGACCUUGUUUACUUAUACAAUUAUAUAAAAAAUAGGGCCCUUUAUUAAUAAA